GAUGAAUGCAGACACUAUGAAGUCCUCAACGACAGAGAGCGCGCUGCAGGGCGUCACAGGGGUAACAUCCUUAAGUGUGACCAGAGAGAUCUUGUUACCCCUAAAUGGUACAGGUUUACCGGAGCAGCUGGUGCUCAAAUGCCAACGGCAUGUGUUCCGAAACACUACUGCGGAACUCAUGCACCAGGAUGGUUGAGUGGCUCACAUCCAACAAGAGUCGGGCAGGUUGUGAACGGGAAGGUAUGUUUCCAUUGGGGCUCCAACUGUUGCAACUGGAAUGCUGCUAUUCAAAUAAAGAAAUGCAACGGGUUUUACGUUUACAAACUUUCGAGGACGCCUGUAUGUUGGCUGAGAUACUGUGGAAAUGCCGGCUUUGACCCGUGCAAAGCUAGUAGGCCUUGUCAAAAUGGCGCCACCUGUGUCAACCAGAAUGGAGGCUACACUUGCCUCUGCAAGCCUGGGUACCAAGGAAAGAACUGCGAGCAAGAUGUUAACGAAUGUGUCACGAAACCUUGCCGUAACGGUGGAACUUGUGAGAAUUUACAGGGUAGCUACAGAUGCAAAUGCAAAGCAGGAUUUCUUGGCAAGCACUGCCAGAUAG